CUCUGGGAUUCAGAGACAAGAGGUUAGAGAACAGAGGAAAAGAAAAGAACAGAGAGAAAUGGAGAUCACGGCGGCGUGGUGGGUGACAUGGGUUUUAGGGUUCAUCCCCUUGAUGAUUUUGAUCUUACAGUGGUGGAAUGAACUUCGGUAUGUUUUACCGCUCAAACGCGUUUUAGCUUCUAAGAAUCUGAAACUCCCUCCUGGUUCCAUGGGGUUCCCUUUCAUCGGCGAGUUGCUCACUUUCCUUUGGUACUUCAAAAUUGUUCGUCGUCCUGAUGAUUUCAUCAAUUCGAAGCGAGCCAAAUAUGGUGAUGGAGUUGGGAUGUAUAGAACAUAUCUUUUCGGCUCUCCAUCCAUCAUUGCUUACUCCCCUGCUGUAACUCAGUUUGUGUUCCGAUCAGAUAAUUUGUUUCCCUAUAGAUUUCCCACUAAUGAUCUUGUUGGAGCCAAUUCAAUGUUAGCAGCCACUGGGGAGCAUCAUGCUAGGGUGAAGAGCUAUGUAAUUGCUGCACUUGCUCAUACUGAUUCUCUCAAGAAAAUUGUUCUUCAUGUUCAACCUGGUAUCAAGGCCUCUUUACAUUCAUGGGCUGAGAAGGGGAUUGUCACAACAUUUGGUGUGGUGAAGAAGAUGGUGUUUGAAAAUAUUGCUCAAAUUUUUGUUGGCAUCGAACCUGGGCCCCUUUUGGAUGAUAUCGGUCGAUACUAUGCUGGUUUGGUUAAAGGGUUUAGAGCACAACCAUUCAACAUUCCGGGUACUACUUAUUAUCAUGCUAUUCAGUGUCGAAAAAAGUUGAUGAAAAUAUUUAAGUUGGAGUUGGAGAAGAGAAAAGAAAACAAAAAGUUGGAUGGAGAAAAUAAGGAUUUGAUGGAUAUGCUAAAGCAAAUAAAGGAUGAGGAAGGAAAGAAGCUAAGUGAUGAAGAGGUGCUCGACAAUAUAGUAUCACUUUUUCUUGGAGGUUUCGACAGUACUGCAUCUGUAUCGGCUUGGGCCAUAUAUUACCUCGCCAAAAACCCAGAUGUUCUGCAAAUUCUUAGAGAAGAGAAUAUGCAAUUGGGUGCAGUAGAGGGAGAACUUGUCACAUUUGAUCAAGUUUCACAAAUGAAAUAUACUAAGAAGGUAGUGGAAGAAACAAUAAGAAUGUCGAAUGUUUCACUAAUUGCCUUCAGAUCCGGUGAUUACGAUGUUGAAUACGAAGGAUACUUACUACCGAAAGGAUGGAAGGUACUUCAAUGGAUUCGAUAUUCCCAUACAAAUUCAGAAUACUUUGAAAAUCCUUCGUACUUUAAUCCAGAUAGGUGGAAUCAAUCAACAAAACCAGAAGCAUACCAAGCUUUUGGUGGGGGGUCCAUGAAAUGCGUUGGUACCGAGCUUGUUCAUACACAACUAGCAGUCUUUCUUCACCAUUUGGUUUUGGGAUACAAGUGGGAAUUAAUAAACCCAAAUGCAAAAAUCAACUACCUGCCUUAUCCCAAGCCGGAAGAUGGUGGAGAAAUUGCAAUUACUGCAAUCUAAUUGCAAUUUAUCAGUGAUAGAAUUGUAUUCAAUUGUGUGCAAAUACAUAAAUAAAAUUAAUGCUUGGGGGAACCAUUAGUUGCUUAAA